GCCUCGGUCGGGGGGAUGCCCGCCGGCCUCUCUGAACAAGGUGCCGCCGCCGCCGCCGCUUCUUCUCCGGCUUGUCUCAGCGUCCCCGGGACGGUGACCAUGGCCCCUGCCCUUUUGACCAACGGGAGUGUCCAGAGCCACCUCCCUCCGGCCGCCGGCAGCACGCUCCCGUCCUCGCUGAGGAGCACCCCGGUGACCCUGAACACGAAGGCCCCCAUAAGUCUCAGCCUGGUGACCGCAGCGUCCCAGCCGCUGGUGAAGACGGCCCCCUUGGGGACCCUGGUGACCAAACUGGCCACUGUCAAUACCGUUCCCAAGACCAACAGCGGUCCCAGGCUGCCCACUCCCCAAAUCGUGGCCGCGAAAGCUCCCAGCACAACUACGAUCCAGUUGCCUGCCAAUUUCCAGCUCUCGCCUGGAACUGUUCUAAUAAGAAGUAACAGUGGUCAGCUGAUGUUGAUGUCCCAACAAGCUUUAGCUCAAGCUGAAACUCCAAGUCCUGUGAAUGUAAGAGCAACAGUACCCUCAAGUACUCAUGCAGUCAAAAUCUGUACUGUGCAGAACUCUGGUACACAGUUUAUUAAGAAAGUGCCAGUGGCUCCAGUGAAGACAGUAGCUCCAGUCAGGGCAGCAGCUCCGAUAAAGGCAGUGACACCCAUCAAAGCAGUUGCUGCCCCUGCAAAAACUGUGGCACAGUUAGGAAGUACUGUGGUAACUUCCUUCCAGAAACCUUCCAUAGUACAGUCUGUGGCUGCACCGGCCAGUGUUGUUACUAUUACCCCAGUAAAACCGUUGAAUACUGUAACUCCUCUGAAGACUUCGGUCAUUGGAACACCAGCAGCUCCCUUGCAAGAGAGCACCCAGAAAGUUGAGAUCCCAGCAGCUGUACAGACUGGUAUCUCUGUGGAAAUGCUAGAGAAUGUAACAAAAUGCAAAAACUUUCUUGCAAUGUUGAUAAAACUAGCAUGUAGUGGUUCUCAGUCCCCAGAAAUGGGGCAGAAUGUGAAGAAGCUUGUGGAAAAUCUGUUGGAUGCAAAAAUUGAACCAGAGGAAUUUACCAAAAAACUGUACAUUGAACUCAAGUCCUCACCUCAACCGCAUCUUGUCCCUUUUCUAAAGAAAAGUGUGACUGCCUUACGACAGCUAAUGCCCAACUCCCAGAGCUUCAUUGAGCAAUGUGUUCAGCAAAGUCCUCCCCAGGUCGUCAUUCCUACGUGUGCCGCUGUCACUCAUCCCCCUCCUGUCGUGACCACAACUAUUUCUUCAAUCCACACGGAAAAGCCCCUCCUUGUUUCUGCAGCACCAACAGCAGGCACAGUCUCCAUUCGGACCGCGAGUUCCAUGGCCGGCCCUGGAGGCAUUGGAGUUGUCGCCCUUCGCUCUGGAAGCCCCGUUACUGGAGCUGGAGGAUCCACAAUUGGCACUGUUGCUGUCCACCCUGUAAAUCCGGCUUCUGUACCAGGGGGCGUGACUAACAAAGCUGUCACGCUCCAUUCUGUAAGUUCAACCACCAGUCCAGCAGCAGUAACAGCUGGAACUGUCUUCCUUCAACCCGCAAAGCCUCUCAUGACCUGUGGUGCUACCACAGUAGCAACUGUCUCACUUCAGCCUGAAAAACCCGUCGUCCCCAGGGCAGCAGUAACAUUGUCACUUCCACCAACAAAACCCAUUGUGACUUCUGGAGAAGUUGUGGGGCCAUCCAUUUCUCUUCCACCUUCAAAGCCAGUUGUGAAUUCUGGAGUGGCCACAUCUGCCUCUGUAAAGCCUGUCAUCGGGCCCCCUAUUCAUAUCAAACUUACACAGCCUGGCUCCUUCCUUUCACAACCAGCCAGUACUCCACAAACUCUGAAGGUCAAACAAUUAGUAGUACAGCAGCCUUCUGGAGGCAUUGUCAAACAAGUGACUGCCCUACCACAUUCCUCAGCCCUGACCAUUCAGAAAUCUGGACAAAAGAGGAUGCCCUUGAACACACUAAUACAGACAAAUCAAUUUCCUACAGCUUCCAUUCUAAAGCAAAUUACCCUGCCAGGAAAUAAAAUUCUGUCGCUUCAAGCACCUCCUGUUCAGAAAAACAAAAUAAAAGAGAACGGAACAACAUCCUUCAGAGAUGAAGAUGACAUCAAUGACGUCACUUCCAUGGCAGGAGUCAACCUCAGGGAAGAAAAUGCCUGCAUAUUAGCAGCAAACUCUGAAUUAGUCGGCACACUGACUCGCUCUCAUAAAGAAGAACCAUUCCUUUUUACGGAGGCUCUCCAAAAAAGAAUUUUAGACAUUGGUAAGAGGCAUGACAUUAUGGAACUUAACUCUGAUGUUGUGAACUUGAUCUCCCAUGCUACACAGGAGCGAUUACGAGGCCUUAUAGAGAAACUGACUAUAAUUGCUCAGCAUCGAAUGACAACUUGCAAGGACAGUGAAAAUUAUGUCAUGUCUAGUGAUACCAGGUCACAACUUAGAUUUCUUGAGAAGCUGGAUCACAUCGAAAAACAGCGAAAGGAUGAAGAAGAACGAGAGAUGUUGCUCAGAGCAGCUAAGAGUCGUUCUAAUAAAGAAGAUCCAGAGCAGCUGCGGUUAAAGCAGAAAGCCAAAGAGAUGCAGCAGUUAGAGUUGGCACAGAUGCAACAAAGAGAUGCCAAUAUUACAGCCCUUGCAGCCAUUGGACCAAGAAAGAAGAGACCACUGGACUCUGUUGUUGGAUCUGGAAUCGAGGGUUUAAAUGGUAAUGCCCUUGCCUCAGGGUCAUCCAGCCUGACUGUCACCAAACAAUUAUUUCGCCCAAGAAUUACUCGAGUCUGCCUCAGGGAUUUGAUAUUCUACAUGGAACAAGAAAAAGGGAUGAAAUACUCUCGAGCUCUAUACCAUGCUCUUCUGAAGUGACAACUCCACCUUUCUAUCCAGACCCUUGCUACGUACUGCCAAAGAAGACCUGAUGCCAUCAAUGGCCAUUUCUGGAAGAUAAUCACCAUUGAGGAUAACCUUUGUUUACUUUUGUGCUUUUAUUAAAUACCUACCUAAGCACCUGUAGGGUUUUUAAUAAAUAGAGUUCAGCUUUGUCUUCUGUUCCAUUGGUGAGUUGUAGGUGUGCACAGAAAUAGGCACCUACCUACCUAUUUGUUUAACCCUUACCUGCAAGCCAAGAACUUGUCUGCUGCUACUUGCUUCAUUAGCACAAACCAAGUUUGUUCUACGUGUAGUGCCUUUCCCUAAUCCAUAUUUAAUUUGGAGAGUUGGUGGGAAAGAAGGAAAGGAAUAUUUUGUGAUGAUGCUUUAGCACAAAAAAUAUAUUUAAUCCUGAGUAGUCUUGGGUCACUAUGUUAAUGUGCAACAUACCUGGCUCAGGUGAGGUUCAAAGUUCCUUGAGUUGCCCUUAGUAGUGCUAAGCUAAAAUCAGAAGCCAUGUCGUACAGCUUAAAGGUGGCAGCAAGCAAACCACCAGUGACUUGGGUCGUCAAAACGGAGACAAAUGGGGAUUGUUUAUGCCUGAAGUCACUAUUCUUUGGCUUAUACCACCACUGCUGUGUUUUCGAGGUGAGGGGACAUCCUUGUCAAGGAAACCUUGAAAUCGAAGCUGCUAAAAAUACCUCAUUGGGAAAGGAAAAACGCAGGGGGCAUUGGAAGGAAUGGCAUGGGGCACUGAGUUCAAACAGAAAGAAGGGAAAUGAAAAUAGGGUAAUAAAACAGAAAAUGUACUGUGUGAGCCCAAAGGGAAAAACUGAGACUCCAAAGUAACCUGCAUGUGUUCUUCUGGAGGAAAACGGGAAAAAAUACACGUCACCUACGUACAAAAGAAAAUAUAGCCAACACUUCCACCGUAUUCUCUGUCCAGAAGGUUGGUUAUUUGUUUUACCCGAAGAGAGAAUGGUUCUUCUAAAGCAUUCUCUCUUCAGUGUCAUCUUCAUUCUCCUGAAAUUAAAGCCUCUUGUUGCAUCGGAAGACUUCUUUGGUGAUGAGUGAAUUAUGAAGAAGAAAUGAAUGAACAGAGGACCUAAUUUUGACUUCCAUGUACUUGAAAGAUGAUUCCAGUAUCCCAACAAUGUGGCCACACUUCGGAAGGGCCUUUGCUUAGCAGUUGGCAUGUAUUUGAAUAGCCAUGGAAUCCGUUUCUUCUUUGCAAAGUAAAACUCUGGUUCACCACAACUGAAUGUGACUGGCUCACACUUGUAGGAAAGUAAUAAUUGUCACUGAUUAGAGUCACAUGAGGGAAAGAAUGAGCUCCCUCAGAAUGUGUAAAAUGUGAAAUGCCAGGGACUCCUAGAAAAAAUAAUUCCAAAAAUAAAGCUCAAAGCUGUGUUACUUUUUAAUCCCAUUUCUCCACAUUGGGACCACUGCAGCCAUGUACUGCACUGUAGUGAGUUUCAAAUUGGCCACCUUUUUUUUUUUUGUUUCAGCAAGUUAGUAAAGAAAUGCUGUAAAUUAUGUAUAUAAACAUAUGUAAAAAGGCAGUACUUUGAGGAAAAAACAAAUCUAUAUUUGCAAGAUACUGACUGACCACAUCUGAAAGUUGUUUUGUAUAAUUAAA